UAAAAUUCCUUUUUGUAAAUUAUUUCCUAUGAACGAUUUAAUAGUUUAUCUAGUGGUAGUUCCAGUAGCUUUUUUAUUAGGGUUUGUUGUCGGUAUUCUCGUUUAUCGAUAUGCCGCAGAAGUGCCAAAGGAGUCCACGUAUCAAAAUACACAACGAUUAUCCUCCUCACAAAGUUCAAUUAUGCCUGAAAAAAAAAAGAAAAAAGACGAAUACGGAGCCGAAAGCAUUCAAGUUUUAGAAAAUAUUGAAGCGGUCCGCAAAAGACCGGGAAUGUAUAUCGGUUCUACGGACGAACAAG